UGGACGCGCUCCCCGCUCGAGGACGCUGUGAGGAUUUAAAUGCCCCGCCCCUCCUCCGUGGUCCCGAGCGGAGUGAAGUCUGGGGGUCUUCAGGCGAGCGCAGCGCUUUUCCUCCCGUUAACUGAAGUUAGGAAAACUCUCCGGGCUUCUGUUGGCUCCUCGCAGGGCAGCCGGAUAAGCGGAUAAUCCUCCCCGGCCCUGAUGGUGUCUCAGCGCGGCUGUGAGUCUGAGGAGCGCCGCUCGGACCGCGGGGAUGCUGCCGCUGCCGCUGCCGCUGCUGCUCCGGACAGGCUGGAUGCUCCGGCGUAGGAGCUGCACGGCUCCCGCGCUCCUGCUGGCUCUGGCCGCGCUCCUCCUCUACCACACCUCCUCCACCGUGGACCGGACCCGUGGCGGGACCGGUCCCCGGGGACAGAGCAACAAGUCCGGGAUGGAUAGGAGGGACGGGGUGCUGCUCCUGGAUCCAGAACAGCUUCACUCUCUGCUGGAAGUGCACAGGUCUAAGAGGAGCUGUUCAGGGAAGGCCAUUGUGUUGACUGGGCUGCACAUUGCUUCGGAUACGGAGGUCCAGCUCUAUCAAAGGGUUCUCCAGGAGCAGGGCUACCACGUGGACCAGGGCCGCUAUGCUGAGACCAGUGCCAGUCUCAGACAUGAUGGGAGAGAUGGUUUGGAGUGGUCUCUCCUGAUAUGUCUGAAAGGUUCUGAGAAAAGUUGCCUCCGAAAAAUCAACUUUGCUCAUCCACAGCCUUACCAGAGGGUCAACAUUAUACCAGCAUUUGUUGGAGCUUUUUUGGACAUGGGUGGAGUCUGCCGGUUUCUGACAGACAGGCGUUUGUCAGGACUGGCACUACCCAUCAUUCCAUCUGCUUGUGCCCCCUCCAGACAAGAACAGGAAGGAACUAAAGAAGACUGGAACAUCCCGAUCCAACUCAGCUCAUCAGUCAGUCAGGGCCCGGUUGCCAUUAUGAAUGUCUAUGUUUUGGUCACGUCAGCAAUGCCCCUCACAGCGUUCCUUCAUCAAACAGGUCUGGUUAGGACUCACCUGGACAAAUACAGCUAUGCCACCAAGCUGCUGGAAUUCUUUACUGAGAGGAUGGAACCCACACUGGCUCUCCAGGCCGUUGAACUCAUGAAGCAAGUCAUCAGUGAGGUUCUGACUGCUGCUGUUCUAGCUACCGCAGAGUCCAGCUCACCACCCAGGUGUCGAUUGUGCUUCCAGCUGAUGACCUUUACUUUGCACUACAAUUCCUCCAUGCAUCCUGUGGUAGUCAAACUGCAGACUGACUUGCACUUUGAGGGUAUGAAGGAUUCAAGCUUUGAUGGACAGAUUACCAAAGAAUACAUAUUGGAAGAUAUGCUGAGACUGCUGUUUCCAGCCUGCAAUCAUGAUGAUGGAUCACUUCGCGAUGCUCAGGAUACAACAGAAAUCAAGUACAGUGACUGUGAAUGGCCAAACAGUUUGUGCAUGCCCCCUGAUGAAUUCCAGUUACUGCUUCAGUUUCAUCAGCAGCUGAAAACACCAGCAAACUUUCAUUUGCUGCACCCGAGAUCGUCUCGUUUCUCCAAUCUCCAGCAUGAUCUCUUUCAGAGAUUCCCCACUGUAAAGAAUAGUGGAAAAGGACCAAAUCUCACAGUCUUACUUGAACAGCUCAGCUCCUACUACAUACAAAGAAACCACACUGAGAGCAAUAGUGAUCCAACCAGUGUAAGACAUAAAACAUGGCCCUCAAACACAUCAGACUCAGAGAGGUGUUUGGAUCCACAUCUCCGGCAGCUGUACACAGAUCCUCCUCUGGUUCUGAAUCCAGUCUUUAAUCCCUGGGUGAAGGAGUACCGGGCUGAUGUUCCAUUUGAUACAAUCACAAUAAGGAUCCGGCCAGAACCAGUGAGUGCACAGUGCCACAUUCGCCUGGAUGAACACCGAGGACCCAGGAUGGCAAACUACCCGGUUGGCCUGGGCAACAGCCGAAUCAACAUUUUGGUCAUGGAUGAAUCGGGGGCCGAGCCCGUUGUCAUGACGAUAUACACUCUGCACAUAUUCCGAGAGAGCCGGCCCAGUCUGCCCAUGUUUGAUGAGUAUGUGAUGUGCGGCUUUGUACAGGACUGUGGCCUUGUGGUCAGACCUGAUCAGUCCUGUGGUCUGGAGCCCGUUGCCGGACCCAAGUCUUCUGCUGAGCCCCAGGCUGCAGAGAGGCCUUGCUCUUCUGGAGAUGAACCCGGGCGCUGGGUGGUGCCAUGCUUAAGCUGUUCUGACAACAGGACGUGUGAUUGGAGGGAAGUUGCCUGGCAGCCAGACAGUUGUUAUCACCCUGUUUUGGAGCAGCAGCUGUUGCAAAAAUGCAUGAUGGACAAGAAGGUCCUGUUUAUCGGAGACUCCACAAACAGGGGGAUUAUGUACUAUCUGAUGGAGCGAGUGAACACCACUCUGGAGGAUUGGGACAAGGCUCACGACACCAUCGUCUACCACAAUCUGAACCAGGGCAGAACCCUCAUCAGCUACUCCUAUUACCCACAGUUCUGGCUGCACAGGAGCCAGAGACCCACCUUCCAGAGCGCCCUGCAACAGCUCAUAGAGAGGUCGCGACCUCUGGAAAACUCCCCUCAGACAGUGCUGGUUGUUGGAGGGGUCCAGUGGCUCAGACUGGACCAUCUGAAGACCAUACAGCAGGUCCUGGAGAGAAUGAGGUUGCAGAACAUUAUGGUGGUGGUGAAGUCUUUAGGAAUGGGCUUCCAUCUCCCAGUGGAUGGAAUUCACUCUCUCUCUCUGGCUGGAAUCCAGGAGCUGUAUGGAGUGAACAAGAACAUUUUGGAAAGUGCAAAGCAGCUUGGUUAUGAAGUGGUCGACACUUUCAGCAUCACCAUGGGCCGCUAUAAAGAGUUCCUGCAGGGGCGAUGUGCCUGCCAUUUCCAUGAGGUUGGAAGAUCAUCAUCUCCCACAGUUCCUGCCUCCCAACGACUGCAGAUAGUGAGGCAUGCUGUAGAGAGUGUGAGUGGAACCAGCAUGCAUCUGGCAUCUGUGCAGCAGCAGGAGCUGUGGUCUGAGCCCACCUUGUCCUACCACGUGAAGGGAGCAGUAAACCAAGUGUAUUCAGAGAUCCUGCUCAGCAGAGUGUGUGUGCCUUAUGUCCGCAAUGGGACCAGACGCCAGAACUGACUGGGACUGAGCUAACUAGCGGCUGGCUUGGUGCUUCUCUUGUGGGUGCGUGCGUGAGUGUGCCUGCGCGUCUGUGUGUGUGACUAAGAUGUGUGUGUGUCCAUCCAGUAAGGAAGUGUGUAUUUAGCAUGUAUAUAAUUGCAUGAGAUGAAGUCACUUUCUGUGGUUUCAGUUCAAUCAAAAUGCUGGGUAAGGGCUAUGAAUGUGUGUGUAUGCACAAGUGUGUGUAUGUGUGUGUGUGUGUGUGUGUGUUAAAGGGUCCAAAACUAUUUCAGCAGCUGUGGCUUAAAGGAGAACUCCAGUGUAAAAUGCACUUUGAUGAAUAGCACACCUCCGUUCUCCCACAGUGUUCCAAGAUCCAGAAAUUUUAACAUUUAAUAUAAAAUUUAGAAUAAAAAACUUUAAUGUCCCAACAAGGCGGGACAUUUUUCUUCGUUUUCACCAUACCAGAGACUGUAAAAAAGAUGGACAUUGUGUCGCCGUUCCCAUUCAUUCAAUAAAAUUGAAGCCAAAAUCUUCCGCCAUGUUGGCGAUCUUGAAACCCGAGUCUGCGCAGUAGAGACCAGAGGUGGCUAGGUGUAACCCAGCCCUUUUACAAUAACCACACCUUUUUGAAUAGAGCUGAAUAACUUUUUAAAAAACGAAUUCUGUCGGCAUAUACAAAUUUGACAAUAUAAACUAAAGUAACACUAGCUGCUGCAUUUAAAUAAUGGAGGUAGAAUUACAGUAUAUUGGAAAAAAAAACGUGAUUGAAAGUUGUUCUGUUUUGCCAUUGAAACCUAUGGGGAUGGGUGGGGUUACACAGCUUUCUGCAACCGAACAGCAGGGGGCGCCCGACCUGUGGGGGCCAAUUAUUUUUCCUGCAGCCUUAAUAAUUCUAGACAGUUUGCUUUUACUUAGUGAAGUCAGAUGUCCAUAUCACACAGAGAUAUUAAACACAAGAACACUCAAUCAGGCUGACCUACACCUUUUCCAAGAUUCGAUUUUCCACCCCAAACUCCUUCAGUUUUCUUAUUAGACACAAUAUCUGACUUUUUUCCUUACAUACACUGUCAACAUGCUCUCUAAAACUAAAGACAUGAUCUAAAUGUAUUCCCUGUAAUUACCUGAAACACCUUACAAUUUCCACAGAUUGAUUACACAGUGUAAGAAAUGGAAGUAGAUCUGUAUGAUGUAAAAUGAGCACUGGCUUUGCACUUCUCUUCUAAUUUAAGAACCUGUGCAAAAUAAUCUGAAAUAUCACUUUCCUUAAAAUAAAAAAAGCCCAACUAAAGCCAUGUCAUCCACAUAUUUAAUUAACCUAAAUUUACUCUCCUGCAAUUUCAUCUUAUUAGUAUACAGAGAAAAGUGUAAAGGUGAUAAAACGCAUCCUUGCCCCAAUAAAUCGCUUUUUUCCACCGUUAUCCAGCUCAAAGUAGCUUCACACCUUCUUGCUAGAAUCCGGAGAGCCCUGACAUUUAAAACAAGGCAUUAAUAACUUAAAAAGUGCACAAGAAGCUUAUUAAAAACCUCAUUUAAAAAACACUUUUUACAUCCUAUAAUGCGAGCUUCAGCUCAGAGCGCCGCCAUCACUGUACUGAUAAUAACAUAGACAUAAAUAGACAUAGACUCAGCAUAGCCUGCCUCCUGGUGCCGGCUGCUACGAUAUACAUAACUAUUAAAAUUUCUGGAUCUCAGAACGCUCUGGAAGAAUGGAGGUGUGCUAUUCACCAAAGGUCAGUACUUUUCAUCAUGUUUUACUACAACAAAAGUCAAUUUUACACUAGACUUCUCCUUUAAGGGCAGCCAGCAGCUGGAGGGUGACACUGAUCAAAACUCAAGUGUGAGACGACCUCCCAGCCCACUCAAACAGCCGCGCUCAAACCUUUCCACAGCAUUCCUGUAACGCUCACAACUCUGCUGCUGCUGCUGCCGUGUCACGGGACACAGUGUUUCCAAGAUGUUUUUGGAGAGGCUUCAUGGUUGUUGUGGAGUGCCUUUGAUGUCACAUGGCAUCACAUUGUCACUUUUAUGGAAGCUCGGGUGACUUUUUUUUUUUUUUUUUGAAGUGGAGCUUUUAACCCCCUGCCUUCACCAGCCAGCCUCCUUCAAGAGGGCUGAGGUCACAUUCACACAAAGGUCUUACGAAGGUCAUUCUGCCUUCUGCCUUCAUUGCUAAAGCUCAUAUAUUUUUCUACAGAUAUGAUUUAUUUCAAUGCCUUUGAGGGGCAGUGUAAAAUAAUCUGUAUAAAAUAUUUUGCACAUGCUGUUUACAGGAAAAAUGUAUAUUAUAAUGUAUAGUUUCAUGUUACAGAAUUUUUAUCACUUUUUCUUUUUUUUUUUUACUGCUUUUCCUAUCGGUAUGCUGGAAUGUACCACCUGUUUUUUUCUUAUAAUCACAUUGAAAAAGAAACAUGGACUCAUAUAUCUUCUAUAUAUAUUUGAAAAAAAAAAGAAAAGGUUGCAAAGAGAUUAUAGAACAUUAGAUUUUCCACAAAAAAGAUCUAUAUUUUUUCUAUCCCGUCACAAAGCUAGGCAUUGAAACUUGUGUUUACUUGUGUGUAACUGUUUGGUGUCCUGGCACUAAGAGGUCACACACCUGCGGAGAACACACUGCACACUAGUGGGCUGUUAAAAAUGUUAAUGGUAUUAUGAGUAUUAUGAGGUGGAGCAGGAGUCAGUGCCAAAAAGUGUUUUUUUUUUUUUUUUUGACAAUUCUGUAUAAAUAGAAAUACAAAUAUAACAAUAUGUAUAUAAAUUAUAUUUUCCUAUUAUAA